CAUUUACAGAUCGGGAUCAAGAUUCAAUAUACUCAGAGAAAUAAUGGAAGCCUCACUAGUAUCCACAGCAUUUUGGAGAAAUGGACCACAACCUGGCUCUUACUACAAUUUCCCUGGUCAAAUAGAUACAAACCCAGCUUCACAGAUCGGAGCAGCGAAAAGGACACUAGCUCCUACAGUCACCGGUACCUCGGUACUAGGUCUGUGUUUUGAUGGAGGUGUUAUUAUUGCAGCUGACAUGCUUGGGUCUUACGGCUCCCUGGCCCGCUACAGAAAUCUCUCCCGUGUGAUGAAAGUCAACGACACCACAGCGCUGGGUAUAAGUGGCGACUAUGCGGAUUACCAGUUCAUGAAAUCCAUAAUUGAACAAAGAGUUAUAGAUGAGGAGUGUUUAAAUGAUGGAUUCCAGUACACCCCUAAGAGCCUGUUUUCCUGGAUGACGAGAGUUCUCUACAACAGGAGGUCCAACUUCAACCCCCUCUGGAAUACGUUUGUUGUCGGUGGAAUACAAGAUGGAGAACCGUUCCUUGGUUAUAUAGAUAAAAUUGGAAUAGCUUUCAAUGACCCAACAAUUGCAUGUGGAUUUGGAGCUUAUAUUGCAACACCCCUGCUGCGUGAAGCCUAUGAAGCUAAUCCUAAAAUGUCUCUAUCUGAGGCGGAGAAGAAGAUUGAUGAAUGUUUGAAAGUGCUGUACUACAGGGAUGCAAGAUCUUUAAACAAGUAUGAAGUUGUUAUUGUCACAAAAGACGGCACCAUGGUGAAGUCGCCCAUCGUAUCAGAGACAAAUUGGGAAAUAGCUCACCUGAUCAAGGGAUAUGAAUAACACAGAUAUGAAGCCCACAUCAUAGUGAUUAGUGAAUGGACUUUUCAUAAAGAAUCGGACUUAUGAAGAAUUUCAUUAUUUUAAAAAAUAAAUGUGACAUUUUCAUUGAAUAAAAAUACCAUCCACAUA